CUUAAAUAGUGUGAAUACAGUGAGCUGUAGACAACAUCCUUCCUCAAAACAAGACUGAUUUAUUUAGACAGAGAACUGCAGCCCUUUGAAAUAGGAAGUGCAGAUUAAAGCAGCAUAAGGGGACCAUAAAAGGUCUGUUGUUCCAAAGUUGCAGUCAAGAAAGGAUGGUGCAAACCAUCCUGUUCCUGCUUCUGCUCAACACCUCAGCUUGCUGGGGUUAUGGCUUUAGAGGUUGUGCUCAGAACUAUCCUGAAACCAGCAUGAUGUGGUGCUUCAACCGGGACAUUGCCAACCUGUCCGACGUCAUUAGGAUGAUCCCUGAUAACAUAACAACAAUAAACCUAUCAAAGAACAAGAUCAAUGUCAUCCCACCUGGAUCCUUCAGCCAGGUGCUUGGACUGAAAAACCUGGACUUGAGUCAGAACCAACUGGUCUCUCUGAAAGGAGGAGAAUUCAGAGGCCUGGAUGUCCUGAAUUGCCUCAACCUUACCAGCAAUAACAUCUCCAGCAUUCAUUCCAAUGCUUUUGAGGGACUCAUCAGGCUACAAAUACUUCUUCUGCCCUACAACAAACUUGCAACGAUCUCACCAGGUAUCUUUAACUACCUCCCAAUGAUUAAAAAAGUUGAUCUGUCUCUCAACAUGCUCAAGUCUUUCAGCUGUGAAGAUUCUGGUUGCUCAUCCACUCUUAUGCAUCUCGAUCUUUUUGCAAACAAUAUUCAGAGGGUAAAUGUGAGUUGUUUCCCUGCCCUUGAAUACAUCAGGCUGUCCAACAAUUCAAAGCUAGAGCUACAGACAGAUGUUUUUGCCUCCAACCCCAGACUGAAGAGUCUACUUCUUCAGAGAGUAAAAGCAGAAGUGCUGGUGAGACUCUCUGCAGAGACAAAGAGGAAUCUCUAUUGGGUGGCAUUUUCUCUGUUUGUGGAGAAAUCUCCCCUGACUGUCUGUGAUGUGCUAAAAGGAAUGGAUCAUCUUACAGGAGUAGAGAUUGACCUGAAACGAUCCACGUUACCCACACAUAACUCCAGCCUACUGGACUGUGGUGCUCCACCAGUGGUCAUUAUCAUGGAUGCCAAUUUUGGAAAUGUUGCCAAUUUGUCUCUGGGUAAAGGGAAUACAAGCAGACUUUAUCUCAUUAACUGUGGGUUGCAGCAGAUAUCUCACAUUACAUUUGAUGGUUACCAAGGACUGAAAACACUGCAGCUGAAUCAAAAUAAGAUCAUCAUCCAGCAGGACACAUUCAAACACUUGACCAAUCUCACCUUUUUGAGUUUUGACAGGAGCAAAAUGCGAGACAUCGACCCAAAGUGGUUUGUCCCUCUGAAGAAGCUGACUCGUCUCUCUCUUAUGAAAAAUGACCUCACAGAGUUGACACCAAAUGUAUUCAGUGCCCUCACCAAACUCGAGCAGCUCUACUUGCAGUUCAACCUGCUAAAAUACAUCACGAGGAAGCCUUUCAGUAAGCUGCAGAAACUAAUAAAACUCAAUUUGAGUUUGAACAUCAUUGAUUUCAUUGAAGAAGGCUCCUUCCAAGACCUGACAAAUCUCAGAUACCUGGACUUGAGUGGGAACCGCAUCAAGAGGCUGACACCACGUAUUCUGCUUGGGCUUAGAAAUUUGAGGACAUUUGUUUUAUACAACAACCGCCUCCAUUUUAGAUCUUACGAAUCUCCUUUCACCCAGCUUAGUUCUCUGCAGUAUCUGGAGUUGAACUACCAGGGGCCUGGAGGUCGUGGCAUUGGGGAUAUUGGGCCACAUUUCUUCGAAGGUCCACAACAACUUAUCUCAGUUUCUAUUGGGAACAGCAUCAGGAUCAACUUCCAUCCUGACGCCUUUGUUCCUCUACAGAAUUUGACGCGCCUGUACAUAGCAGGAGUGCUAAUGAAAACAACCAACCUGACUGCAGUGUUCUCCCCUCUGAAAAGGCUGCAGAAGCUGACUCUUUACAGGGCAGACCUAGAUGCCCUGCCUACUAACCUGCUGCCUCCAGAUAAUACACUGGAAAUUCUCAAAGUCCAGUCAAACCACCUCCACACUGUGGAUAAAACAAUGCUAGAUGGUCUGCCAAGAUUGCGAUCUUUGGAGAUUACAGACAACCCGCUCACCUGUACCUGUGAUAAUGCUUGGUUCAAGAACUGGGCUAUCCAUAACACUGAUACACAGGUGUCCUACCUGUAUGACCUCCAGUGUGACAACGACAGGAGAUCUCCCUACCUGUGGCAGUUUGAUGAUAAGGCCUGCUCCUAUGAAGUGGCUUCCUUCACUCUCUUCAUCAUCUGCUCUGUGAUGAAUGUGUUGUUUGUAUGUUUGUGUCUGGCCUGGCACACACAGGGCCCUACCAUGCGCUACCUGCUGCUCAUCCUCAAGGCUAAGCUACGUGGACGUAGGGGAGCAGCAGGGCCCAAAUUUCAGUAUGAUGCCUUCAUCUCCUACAGCUCUAAGGACGAGGCCUGGGUGAUGAGACAGUUGGUGCCCAAUCUAGAGCGGCCUGCCACUGACGCACGGGGGCUGAGACUGUGCCUCCACCACAGAGACUUCCGCCCCGGUGCUGCUGUUCUGGAAAACAUCGAGGCCGCCAUCUACAGCUCUCGCCACACCAUCUGCGUGGUGACACGUCACUUCCUGUGCAGUGAGUGGUGUGCCAUGGAGUUUCAGCUGGCCAGUCUGAGGCUCCUCUGUGAUGGCAGUGAUGUCCUACUGCUGGUGUUCCUGGAGGAGAUACCUGAACACUGUCUAUCUCCCUACACACGCCUGCGCAAGAUUGUCCGGAAGAAGACCUACAUGCUGUGGCCUGAGGAGCCACAAGAGCAGGAUGCUUUCUGGGUCAGGCUGAUAGAUGUUUUGAAAGACAGUAAGGAGGAAGAGAAGGAAGCAAGAGGAGGAGAGGAUGAGCUGCUUCGACUGAUUGGUUUACUGGUUCAGCUGCUGCAGCCUGAACAGAAACACAAACUCUCACCUUACAAACCAAACAGGUGUCACCACUUUGUUUGCAAGCAUAGAGAGUCUUCAUACAAUUAAGAAGUUCUUUGAGACCAGGACUGAGGCCUCCAGUGUGUGUGCAGAGAUAAGACCAACACACCACACCACACCACACACCAACAACCAGUCUGGACUCCCAGAACUCCAAAUCUCACACGGAUUCAAACUUCAACCAUUAAAUCACAGAGAGAAGAGACAGACAUGAAGACAUUUCCAGAAGGUCUUCAGCUGCUGUCGUCUUCUCCUCCUGCAGAGACAAGAACAUGUCUUAAUCACAUUUUUGGACUUGUUUUUUUAUACCUUACUGUACUAUGACAUGCAGCUUAUGACAAAGAAAUCUUAAAGCACCAAUGUUACCAUUGUUUUCCACAGACAUGCACCUCUACACAGUGUUUGUCAUUUCAUUUUGGCAUUUUACUAUUUCAAACAGUGCAAUAUCAGUACUCCAAUCCAAUCUAUUACUGUGUACAUAUUCCUGUUUAUACUCUUCCUAUUGUUAUACAGUCUCAUUUUAUAUCUUGUCUUGUUUAUAUUAUGCCUUUUUCUAUUUUUGUUGCUGUAACACUGAAUUAUCUUACUCUUACUCAAAUAAAUACUUCUGAACACUGAA